AUGAGCUCUGUCUGGCGAAAGCUGCAGCACCAGCACAAGCUGGCGACCAAGUUCCGGUUCACGGCUCAGUUCCGCGAGCUGCUUCUACAGUGCUGUCAGAAAUGGCAGCCUAGCAACGUCUCUAUCUGUUGGACCCACCGGAAGAGACGGUGUUCGACGAAGCUACGAAAGUGGGAACCGACGAUCACCGAUCCUUACAGCGGUCUGAUCAUAUGGCCGUCGAAGGACGCGGAAAUACUAGAUAUCGUCACAACUUUGUAUCGAGACACGCGACGAGACACGUUCGACGAUAAGGAAUGGUGCUUUAUCGUAGAGGAGGUGACGAUGACCGGCAAGCAUAAGCCGAUUGCUUCGGUGAAGAUUAACAUGCGCCUAUUCAUCAACGAAGUCCCCGGUGUCCUCACGGAACUGAAACUGCGGCUGAAGCCGUUGCGCGAUGAGCUAGAGCAGUGCGUACUGCACCUGGUGCUCAGCUGCCUCGUGAUCAAAGAGGGCAAUGCGCUGGACGAAGACAUGCGCAGUGUCGCCAGUCUAAUAUCGGUGCAGGGAUUGAACCAGGAUACGGUGGAAAAUGGCGUCGCCAGUGACGACAUCAGUUGCAAAGUAGCCACCGAAAACUUGCCAGAGGCGAAAACGAUUUCUUACAAAGAGUUGAUGUACGCUACGGCGCCUGUAGAAAAGCCACAGUCCCCCUCCGCGACCCCUAAAGUAAAACGUAGGUCGUGCUGCAGUCACUUAUUAAAACCUUUUCUUCCAUUUCGUAUGAGCUUGUAAUU